AUGUUCUUGGAAGGUCCCACCUGCUUUGAAAGCCCCACCAACUUCCCAUUCAACCCCAGUCAUCCCAUCCUUGAAACGAUAACCUUCUUUGUCCCAGUUUCCCCAUCUCUGACUGACAAAAAGUGUUACCUUGGUGAAGCAGAUGAGUUGGAGGAGAAGCCUGGAGUCAUGGAUGCCAUCAGAAGCUCCAUCUCAGUGAAUGGAGCCGCCAUCCUUCUCUCCACUAAGGUCAGUGCUAUUGGAGUCAUCUUGACUCUUCUUUCCUUCCCACCCAUAUCUCUGUAUCUCUGUAUCUUGGACUACGAGAAUGCCCUUCUGGUGGCUAAGCUGUUUAGCAAGAUGGCCUGUGUCCUAGCCAAGAUGGAUGAAGGUCCAACUUUGGACGAUGUUAGUAAGGCCCUGGACCACCAGGCUUUAAAGCAUUAUCCAUCCACUCGAGGCCUGACCUACACUGUUUUACCCAGCCGGAUCAAGGACUUAGCCCAGUACGGAGUGCCCAUCAAGGACGUGUGCCGACAGGUCCCCACCUACUUUGUCCAAGAGCAAAAAGAAGGUACUGCACUGGCUAUUGACCCCAAUUCCUGUUUCCAAGUCCAAAUUCUGUCCUUCCUGAGACUCUCCAUCUAUGGGGAGCUCCCUGGGCUCUGA